UCUAUAUCUGGGGAUAGCAGUGAUGUCAUAUCUCUAUGUCUGGAGAUAGCAGUGAUGUCAUAUCUCUAUGUCUGGGGAUAGCAGUGAUGUCAUAUCUCUACAUCUGGAGAUAGCAGUGAUGUCAUACCUCUAUGUCUGGGGAUAGCACUGAUAUCAUACCUCUAUGUCUGGGGAUAGCAGUGAUGUCAUAUCUCUACGUCUGGAGAUAGCAGUGAUGUCAUAUCUUUGAACCUUUCAGGGAGGUUUAUUUAUCUAUUUAUUCUCUAUCUGUCUCAUCUGGGUUAUGUAUGUUCUGUGUGUAUAUUCAAUCUCUCUCUCUCUCUCUCUGUCCUGUCGUGUUAUGGUAAAUCCUCAACCAUUCUCUAUCCCUCUGUAUCUAAGGCAUGUUUUUUAUCCCUCUCUCUCUAUCAUUCUCCCUCGUUCCCUCUCUCUCUAUCCUUCUCCCUCGUUCCCUCCCUCCCGUGCUUACUACUGGGCUUUUGGCAUGUCUGAUUUAUGUUCUCUCUCUCUCUCUCUCUCUCUCUCUCUCUCUCUCUCUCUCUCUCUGGCUCUCUCUCUCUCUCUCUCUCUCUCUCUCUCUCUCUCUUUCUCCCCCUCUCUCUCCCCCUACCCCCCCUCUCUCUCUCUCUCUCUCUCUCUCUCUCUCUCUCUCUCUCUCCCCCUCUCUCUCUGCAGGUGUUGGUUGCGGUUGGACACAUAUUUUAUAUGGAGUUUCAUAGGCCCUGCCACACUCAUAAUAAUGCUGAACGUGAUCUUCCUGGGUAUCGCCCUCUAUAAGAUGUUCCACCAUACAGCUAUCCUCAAACCAGACUCUGGAUGCCUGGACAACAUCAAAUCGUGGGUGAUUGGUGCCAUAGCUCUCCUCUGUCUGUUGGGUCUGACCUGGGCGUUUGGUCUGAUGUAUAUCAAUGAGAGUACAGUGAUCAUGGCCUACCUGUUCACCAUCUUCAACUCCCUACAGGGCAUGUUUAUAUUCAUCUUCCACUGCAUCCUACAGAAGAAGGUGCGUAAGGAGUAUGGGAAGUGUUUGCGUACCCACUGCUGCAGUGGUAAGAGUGUAGAGACCUCCAUCUCGUCCUCUGGAAAGAACCACACCACGUCUCGAACCCCAGGACGAUACUCCACGGGGUCGCAGGUCAUCUUGCCUGCCUGUACACCUGGACGCUACUCCACAGAAGACUCCCAGAGUCGUAUCAGGAGGAUGUGGAACGAUACAGUGAGGAAACAGGAGUCAUCCUUUAUGACAGGAGACAUCAACAGCUCAGCCACUCUCAACAGAGGAGCGAAGGCUAAUCAUCUGUUAAUAACUAAUACUCUCCUUCAUCCCCAUGGUUCUAACCAUCCUUAUAACUCUCUGCUGGGGGACACCAACCACCAAGCCGUCUGUAACAACCCCAAUGUGGCUGGCAUGUACAACACACAAGCCCCCUACAGAGACACAAAGGGGAUCCUGAACAACGCGCGAGACUCCAGCGUCAUGGAUACGCUCCCUCUCAACGGUAACCACGGCAACAACUACAGCGUGGCGAGCGGCGACUACCUUAGCGACAGCGUCCAGAUUCUAGAUCGCGGCGGCGUCAGCGGUUACAGUACCUACGGCAACCACAAGGAGACAACAUUAGAAAAGCAGAUCCUUAAAGAGUUAACCUCCAACUACACCCCUUCGUAUUUGAACAACCACCAACGGUCGGCGACCACUGAACGCAACCACAACCUGAUGAAUAAGAUGGUCAACAUCGGUAACGGCACCGGUAACGCGGGCGGCCUGGUCGGUAACAGCAGUAACGGAAUCGGAAUCGGUGGCGUAGUCGGCGGCGGGAAUAACCAUGACUACGACUUGAGUAACGACGGCGUCGACGUUAGUCACAUGGUGCUGGAUAACCCCAACGCUGCCUUCCCAUUGGAUGAGAAUUUGGGAUUGGAGAUUAUAAGGGAGGAGUCUAACGCCCCUCUCCUCCCGCCCCGCCCUCUGCCUCCCCCAGACAGCCUCCCUCACCCUCACCCUCCUCCCCCUCCCCCCCAUAACUUCUCCCGCCCCCGGCACAUCCCCCAGGAGACCAGCGACAGCUUCUUCCCCCUCCUGACCAAUGAGCAGACGGACGAGACGCCGCAAUCACCCAAUCACAGAAACUCUCUGUACACCUCCAUGCCCGUGUUAACGGAUUUACCGGAUGGCCAGGGUAGUCACGUGCAGAUGAACGGUUUAGCGGACGGUGAGCUGGACGACAGCGGGGAGAUCCAGGCCGGUAACAGCAGCACUGGGAGCGGACCGGGCCCGGAGGCGGAGGAUGUUUACUAUAAGAGCAUGCCGAACCUGGGGUCCAGGAACCAGCUCCACCAGCUCCACCAUUACUACCAGAUGGGGCGGGGGGGCAGCGACGGCUACAUGGUACCUGUCAACAAGGAGGAUUCUGAUUCGUCGCCCGAGGAGCCCCUGACCCCCGUUGACCCCUCCCACCUGGUCACGAGCCUAUAGACCAAUGAGAAGACUCUAAACCCCUUAUUUUCCGGGUCCCACCUUCUUUUUUAGUCCCGCCUCCCAGAAUAGUUAUAUGUUGAUGAUUGAUUGACAGUUGGCGCUGACCAAUGAAGGCCUGGUUGAACGGACUCGCUUCCUGAUUCUUUCCUGUGGUUAGUGACAAUAGGGAUGAGACUGAGCUAUCAUUGGCCAGAAGGGAGAUGAGAGAGGAAUUCGAUUGGAUAGAGAUGGAUUGUAAUUUAGACCAGAACGAACUAAACUGGGUGGCUCGAAACUAAGGAGGUUUUUUGUGAAUAUUCUUCAGGAAUGGAAAUAUGAACUAGUACCUGAAGGAGGGGGAAUGUAGGGAAGGAUCUGUCAUUUAACCUGUCUUGAUAGACUCCCCUGGAUCGUAGCCCAGACACAUCCUACCAUGGACCUGUAGCAGAUCCUAGCUUAGUCUUUUUCACCGUCCAAAACAUCAGACUACUCUUCCAAGCCCUGGACACUGGUCAAAAGAAUCUAGCCAAUCACCAAGCUUCUCCUUGUUCUUCUACAACCUGACCUGCCAAUCAGUAGAGUGUGUAUGAUAAACCCCGCCCCCCCCCUCUUCACAUAACUAUUUUAUUAGACGACAUGUUGUUCUCAACCCUGUAACCAUGGCUACAGACGACAGGGUAGUUAGAGGAACUCUCUGUGUGUUUUACAACCGUCUCGUCCUCCUGUCUGAUGAACUGAAACGGGAGUUACCUUCCUGUUUCUGCAAGGUGUACAGACUCAACUGAACUUUUACUGUUCCAUGUUCCAGACGGUUCCCGAAGUAGGAACUAGACAAAAAUUUUUUCACCCCCUUGUUUUUAUUUCUGGUCGUUUUUUUUGUUUUUUUUCUGUAACCAUGGCUACAGAUGACAGGGUAGUUCUAGGAUUUACAUGUGUUGUACAGAAUAUAGAUGGUGUGGCUUUAUGACUGACUGGAUUCCUUCACGUUUCUGCUUUUAUUUUGUACCGUUGGGACUGUUAGUGGUAAAGACGUGUUGUCCUGCCGCCGUAACUCCUGUUCAGCCAAUCACACCUGUUACAGGAACAACCUGUCUCUGAUCUCACUGCUUCUUACCUAACAACAUAUGGAGAUCACUAGGGAUGGAUACACACGCACACACACACGCACGCACGCACGCACGCACACACACACACACACACACACACACACACACACACACACACACACACACACACACGCUUCAUCCUGGGUCGUUUUCUAUCUCAAAACAUCUCCAUCACUUCUAUUUUGAGAAACCAAUCGUAUCUAUAUAUUUGUUAAUCACUGUGUAGAUUUGCGAACCAACGGGGGGGACAAAGUGAUAUAUGGCAAAGUCGUGUGGGGGACUUCAGACGGUUACUAUGGAAACCAGAGAUUCUGUAUAGAUGGAACACCCCCCCUCCACACACACACACACACACACACACACACACACACACACACACACACACACACACACACACACACACACACACACACACACACACACACACACACACACACACACACACACACACACACACACACACACACUCCAUAGCUCCUGUUGACGCAACCCAAACAACACAGAGGAAGCCUGUGUAUUGAGGUGAAACGUAACGGGGGGAAGUUCACCCUCAGAUAGCGUGGGGAUAUGGGUUGAACUGUUGACAUGAAAACAUCUGACAAACGUUGGUUUUAGGUUGAGUCGUCUCGUCUAAAGGGAAAUGCCGCUAUUCCUAUAUAAGGUGGGUCCCUGUCUGUGAGAGAGAGGACGUGUUUCUACAGUAGAGAUGAAACUACACUGUCCCAAUGUGGAGACCAACUAAAAUGUUUAACUUAUUUAAGAGGCUUUCUGAAGUGUAGCUUGAACGUGUAUAUCCCACGGACUGUACCCCCGAUGACGAGAGAGACAGAGAGAGAGAGAUGGUUUAUUUAUCUGUUUACGGGUUUAUAUAAAGCCUGCGUCUCAAAUGGCAACCUAGUCCCUUUAUAGUGCACAUCAUUUAUUAGGGCACUAAUCAAAAGUAGGUCACUAUAAAGGGAAUAGACUGCCGUUUGGAACGUAUCCAGAGAGAAACAAAUAAAACUGAAAUCACAAGAAGUUGUGAUUUCAGGGCAGAGAGAGAGAGAGAGACAGUGAGACAGAGAGAGAGACAGAGAGAGAGAGAGACAGGGAGAGACAGAGAGAGAGAGAGAGACAGGGAGAGACAGAGAUAGACAGGGAGAGACAGAGAGAGACAGGGAGAGAGAGAGAGAGAGAGACCGGGAGAGACAGAGAUAUAGACAGAGAGAGAGAAUAAUUAAAUCAGCACUGGUAGUUUUUAAAUUACUACGAUCAUUAUAACUAUUAUUACAAUUUAUUAUUGAGGAUUAUUUAUUCAGUUUGUAUGGGUGCCAUGUUGAAUGAUCUCAUUAAACUAAUAUUCGUUGUAACAGUGAAAGUUGUUUACCAACAAAUAAAUGACUGAAUUAAGAUUCAUUA